GCACGCACAUAUUUCUACAACAAAAGGCACGACGCAGCGAGCGAUAAAGACAAAAAAAGAAUAUAAUAAAAAAAAACUUAGAAUUUACACGGCAUAUACGAAUUUAUACGGAAGCAUUUCUGUCAGUUCGAAAAAUCAAACAUGUUGUGCAAUCUGAACUUAAAUUACCAGUGAUUUAUAACUGUUAUGAAAACGUCUCCUCUCCCAAACGCCCAACGCCUAACAAAAUCCCUGGCCGUGCCCCAAUAGCAGUGUCCCGCAGCAGUCGCAGCCGCUCCCCAUCCCAGUCGGACGAGGGCAAGUAAAUACGAGAGAGGAGCCAAAGUCCAGAGACGAAAUGGUCACACCACAAUCGCCCGUUCCCAUGUUCAACGGGCUGGACGAUGAUCUGUUUAAUGAUGCGAAAUAUGCGCACGAGAUCAACGACAAGAUGCGCGUGCCGAAACGGAUAAAGGCCACCGGCGAGUACUCCGACGAGGAUCUGUUGCUGUCGAAUCAGAAUGGAAUGAUUAGUUCGUGGAAUUAUCAUGACAAGAUCGAUAUGAAUGUGCCAGACAGGAUUGUGGUGCUGGGCCACAAUCAGCAUCUGGAGACGCGUUCGGCACCGCGUGAAAUCCAAUUGGAGAACUCCAUACUGCCCAAGAAUCCGUCGGUGGGCUUUCUGCGUGUACAGACGCCGCCGCGCGUCAUCACACUCACGGAUCAUCCUUUCCCAUCGGCCUCGGAGCAAAACUCACCGCACCAACGACCCAACGGCAAUUUCUAUGGCAACGAUCUGGACGGCGAUGUGGAUGACGACGAGGAGGGACAACGUGCCACACAAUAUGUGCGCUCCAAUGGCAACGUGCGCAUGGGAUUUCAGAACAGCAACGACGCCAAUUCCGUGGAAUCCGACUCGCAGCUCACAACGGGCAGCGGCAGCAAACGUUCGCAGCUGAUGCAACAGCAACUGCAGCAGCAGCAAAGCAAUUUGGAUGCCUCCAUGCUGUCCCAGCGCGAGGGCACGCCCAUGGGUGAACUGUCGCCGCACGAGGAGAUCCUCUAUCUGCGCCGCCAGCUGGCCAAGCUGAAUCGGCGCGUGCUCAACAUUGAGAUCAACAACGAGCAGCGGAUGCAGCGCGAGAAGAUUGUCUACUGUCUGGGCCUGGCCUACUUUGUGCUGAAGACCAUCUUCUGGCUGAACCGCAACUAGAGGGUCGGGCCGGAUCGGGUCAGUUCAGGAUGCCACAGCCUGAUGGUGCUUAUCUCCGUUUGUUUGUUUGU